AUGCAGCAGGCAGCCGCAUGCACUCACAUGCUGCAGCAGCAGCAGCAGCAGCAACAACAACAACUGCAGCAGGAGCAGCAGGAGCAGCAGGAGCAGCAGGAGCAGCAGGAGCAGCAGGAGCAGCAGCAACAAGAAAUGCAGCAGCAAAAGCAGAAACAGCAGCAGCAGCAACAGCAGCAGCAAUUGGUGCAGCAAUGCCAAAUGACAAAUACACAGUCUGAAGCUGCUGACGCAGCUCCUGCUGCUGCUGCUGCUGCUGCUGCUGCUGCUGCUGCUGCUGCAGCAGCAGCAGCAACAGCAGCAGAUAUUGCACGUCGCAUGAAGAAGUGGAAUGUAAAGGAGGAGAGGCAACAGCAGCAGCAGUAG